GCACAAACAAGUGAGAUCGCAUUCCUUCCUCCUACACGGAAACCUUGGGGUUUUUUGUAAGUCGUUAAAGUAUCGAUAGUCGCUCAAGGAUAGCCAUUCCAUUCGGACCAAAUCUGCUCUAAUCUCAUUCUUCCUCGGACAUGUUUUUAAGUUUUUUUUUUUAAUCGAGUGGAAUAACAUUGAACCGCUGGUGAAGUAGCCCACGGGCCGGUGGAGGGUCUGAGCACCUUGCGGAGUAUUAACAAUGUCGGUGUUUAUUGUGAAUGUGUGAAACAUGACCGCUGUAUACAGAAAUGUGGACAGUGGUAGUUUUUCUGAACCUCCUGGGAGCUCUGCACUUCAAAGUCUCCUGCUCUCCCCUAAGCCCGACCAAUGUGAUUUUCUCUUCUGUCAAUCUGAGAAAUGUGCUGCAAUGGCACCCAGGAGGUGACACACCGGAUGACACAGAGUUUACAGUGCAGUAUGCCAUCUAUGGGGACAGUGUUGUGGGGAGUGAAGGAAGACGGGUUCACUGGAGGGCGGUGCAGCGCUGUACAAAAAUCGUGCGGAGCUGGUGUGAUCUGAGCAAUGAGACGUGGGAUCUGGAUCAGGGAUACCAUGCCAGAGUUCGUGCUGUGACCCUGGGAGCAUCCUCCAAAUGGGUCAGGACAAAAAAGAGAUUUGAUCCAAAGAUGGACACUAUUUUUGGAUGUCCACUGGUUUCUGUGGAGAUCGAGGACAACAAUGCCAUCAUCUCUUUGAAAGGACCCAUGAGAUAUCAGCCCAACAACUACACCCCAGUGGUUUCCAUGGCAAAAGUGUACCCCGACAUGAAUUACAACCUUUCCAUCGAAAAUACCCGUGGCGGACAGAUACACCAUUUCCCAAAGGUCUCAAGUCCGUACACAUUUCGCCUGAUGGAAUACGACACAGAGUACUGCUUUUCUGCCAGGUCAAGUUUAGAAUCCAUGCCCGCCCAAUACCUGCCCUCAGCAUGGCACUGCAUAACCACACCUAAAGACCCUGUGAUUGGCCAGCUGCAGCAGGUAGUUGUGGGUAUAGUUGUUCCAUCUGUGUGCAUGUGUAUGCUGGUGGUGGUUGGCUACCUUCUCCAUCGCUACCUGUCGGGGAAAGGACAGAAGAGCCCGUUUAUACUGAACCUGCCUACUUUUCAUCCGCCCCCUCUGACUUUCCCCCCUGAGAAUCCCAAACUCAUCGUCAUCACCAUCAUCCAAGAUCAACAACCAGAAAGCGACACAUCACACUCUGCAUGCCCAAAGAAGCCGACAAACUCUGCCCGUCCCCCACCAGGAUACGCCUCCCAGAGGCCCCAAACACCUCCGGCACCCGAGGAAACCUGGGACGAUUUUUCAGUCGACUAUGGGUUUCUUGCCGCAGCUUCUAAAAUCGACCUCAAAGGAGGAAAUGGGAAUAAUCUGAAAUGCAAAGUAAGUGCUAGUUUUGAAAAAAAAGAGUGGAAUGUUGAAGAUGACCACUCUGCUGGACCCCCUCUGACUCAAUCACAGAUAGAGAUCAGCACACUCAUACAAGCACAUGCAUGGUCACAGCCGGUUUUAACACCAUUCCUGUCUGUUCAGGGAGCGUCUAUGAGAAAGGUGAAGGGAGAGGAAGAGGAAAGAGUGUUACCAGGUUUAGUAAUAAACACAACCCCACAAACAGGCUUCUUCCAUAUUCCUUUCAAUCUGUUGGCAAAGAAGGAGGGAGGAAUGGGGGAAGAGAUGGAUGGAAAUAUGAGAGUAGGAACUGAUGGUGAGAUGGAUGGAAGGGAGAGUGAGGUAUUACCCCUUCUUUCUUCUUAUGCCUCUCAGAACACCAUGCUUAUCCCCAACUCUGACCUAUCAGAUGACUUACCAGAUGACUAUGGUCUUAUGACGAUGAAUACAGCACACAAUAUAGAAGAAGAAGAGGAGGAGGAGGAGGAGGAGGGAACUCUUUGUAUUGAUUGGGAUCCCCUGACUGGGAAACUUGUGUUGCCAGAUAUGGAGUUUAACAAGGAGGGAGUGUGGGAUGGGAUGAUGCAGGGUGAAAAAGGGAGGGAGAACAGGAUUGGAGGAGAGGAAGAGGAGGAGAUGGGGAAUUUGAGGAACGGUGAGCUGAGGUUGGAAAAUGUGUUUGUGAGACAAGGGUCUGAGGAAAAGGCAGAGGCAGAGAGAGAGUUGGAGGGAGGUGGGGAGGAUUUUUUGACCAGAUGGGAUUUGGUAAUCUCGAUGGACAAGUAGAUGAUAUUCAUCAAUUUAUUUACUCCAUUACUAUAAAGAAACAUAUGCUCUUCUUCUGCACUUAUUAUGUGCACUUAAAUUAGAUAGCAUAACCUAUGGGUUUUAUUAAUACUACAAAACUGAAUUCUUAGGAGCAUUUAGUAUUGUAGUUGUGUUACUUUUAUACCUGUAAAUGUUAAAGUUGCUUUAUUAUCAUUACUUUAUGAUUCAAACUUUAUAUGAACUAAUAUACUGAUCAAUGUGAAUACUUAUGCAGGAGACUCACUUGGGCUUGAUGCAUGUGCAUAGUCAAAGUGUUCUUGGAGAUAACUUAAUAAUACAAGAUUUUGCAGAAAAUUGCCAAUUCUUUGUGAGUUAGGUGAUUUGCUUUCUACUUGUGAAGCAUGUUUGGAUACUAUAUGUGGUACAGUUUACUGCGGAUAUUCCAUGACUAUACAUAUCCUUGUUUACUGUCUAGUAGUAGAAGGUGUGUUUAGUUUCAUGUUUCAGGUCUGUCCCUCUUUAAGUUCCUGGUGCAGCACUUAAACUGCAGAGACACUUUGGAAUAGUAGUUGUUUGUACUGUUUAUCUUUGCUAAAUUGGGCAGAAUCAUAAUGUGAUUCAUUUCUGAUUUCCAGUCAGAGAUUGCAGUAUUCAUUUGAAUAGAAAUCCACUAAUACUGAAUGUUAUAUGAAGGAAAUACUGAUGUUCAGAGGAACAAGACAGUAUCUACCUCUAUGAUUAAUGUGUUCAUAUCGUUUAUGAGGAAGUCAAAGAAAGCACUUUACUCCUAAUGUUUUUCUUCUGAAUGUAAAGAUGAUUUCUUAGAAAAGGAUCUGCCUGACCUACAGUAUGUGCCAAUAUUAUGUGUGCCUUUGUACUAAAAGGCAUCAACAUAAUUUUGCAAUCAUCAGUGUCUUUAUCUCUUUAAACAACAUACUGUCUGCCGUGCAAUAUUACAGCAUUAUCACUUAGCCGUCUUGUUUUUAUAUGCAACAAUUUAUAUCUGUUUGUUUGGAGCUGAAGUUUUAAGAAGCUUUUUGGAAUAGUGAUCCGAUUUCAUUACAGUACUGGCUCUUCUGCAUUCCAUCAAUGAUUAAAGCACGGUAAAUACUUCCAGAAGAAUGCUACAUCGCUUGUUAUGAAAGGGGAAACCCGUGCACACCUUUUAUAAUGUUCUUCCUCUUUCUCUCUUUUUUUGUCACUGUUUUUACUCAAAAUGAUAAAUGAAGGAAGCUUUGACCUUGAUAUUCUUUACACACCUCACCAUGUUUUCAAAGCCACAGUAAACAGGAAUUAUAAAACCAUAAGGUACAUUUAGUUUCACAACUCAGGUUUGUCUGCAAUGUGAUGAAAAGUUUGAUGCUAUGCAUGAAUUGUAUAUUAUGUAAAAUCUUUUUUCAUAUAAUUGUAUAUCGCCAGACAGAAUUAUUGUAUGAAAUAAACGAUAUUAAAGUGAACUAGCUCUGUUCUGCUUGCUCGCUAGAAGUUUGAGUCUUACAAGCUCAACAAUUACAAAAUAUGCACAUACUUAGGUAAUAUAUAUAUGCUACAUGGUUGAAGUCAACUUGAAUUCCUGACACCUGCCUUUUAUAAGAUACAACAAGAGAAUGAACAGAGACAUCUGCUGGUCAAAUAUUGAACAGUUUAGAUUCACUGUAUUUUAUAUUAAUAAUCUAAAUCUGCAAUUACAAAUGAAGUUAAAGAAAGCACUUUACUCCUAAUGUUUUUCUUCUAAAUGAAGAUGAUUUCCUUUAAAAGAAAGGAUCUGCCUGACCUACAGUAUGUGCCAAUAUUAUUUGUGCAUUUGUACUAAAUGUCCUCUUGUUUUUAUAUGCAACAAUUUAUAUUUGUUUGUUUGGAGCUGAAGUUUUAAGAAGCUUUUUGGAAUAUGGUAUGCUGCCUUGCCUACAAGUGAUCAGACUUCAUUACACUACUGGCUCUUCUGCAGUCCAUCAAUGAUUAAAGCACUGUACAUACUUUCACUUUGUUUGUUAUCCAGAAGAAUGCAACAUAGCUUGUUUCUUUAAGUUUUGAAAGGGGAAAACCAUGACCUUUUAUAAUGUUGUUCCUCUUUCUCUCAAUUUUUGUCACUAUUUUUACUCAAAAAUUAUAAAUGAAGGAAGCUUUGACUUUGAUAUGUUUUACACACAUGCAUGUUUUCAAAGCCACAGUAAACAGGAAUUAUAAAACCCUAAGGCACAUUUAGUUUCACAACUCAGGUUUUUCUGCAAUGUGAUGAAAAUGUUGAUGCUAUGCAUGAAUGUAAAAUGUUUUUCAUAGAAUUGUAUAUCGCCAGACAGAAUUAUUGUACAUUAAAAUAAACAAUAUUAAAGUGAACUAGUUCGGUUCUGCUUUGUUUUUAACAUUAAAGGCAUCUUUUACCAUUGUUUCCUUUUCUCGCUAGAGGUUUGAGUCUUACAGGCUCAACAAUUACAAAAUAUGCACAUACUUAAGGUAAUAUAUAUGCUACAUGGUUGAACCUCAACUUUAAUUCUGACACCUGCCUUUUAGAUACGAAAAGAGAAUGAAUAGAGACAUCUGCUGGUCAAUUGUUAAACAGUUUAGAUUCACUGUAUUUUAUAUUAAUAAUCUAAAUCUGCAAUUACAAAUGAAGUUAAAGAAAGCACUUUACUCCUAAUGUUUUUCUUCUAAAUGUAGAGAUGAUUUCCUUUAAAAGAAAGGAUCUGCCUGACCUACAGUAUGUGCCAAUAUUAUUUGUGCAUUUGUACUAAAUGUCCUCUUGUUUUUAUAUACAACAAUUUAUAUUUGUUUGUUUGGAGCUGAAGUUUUAAGAAGCUUUUUGGAAUAUGGUAUGCUGCCUUGCCUACAAGUGAUCAGACUUCAUUACACUACUGGCUCUUCUGCAGUCCAUCAAUGAUUAAAGCACUGUACAUACUUUCACUUUGUUUGUUAUCCAGAAGAAUGCAACAUAGCUUGUUUCUUUAAGUUUUGAAAGGGGAAAACCAUGACCUUUUAUAAUGUUGUUCCUCUUUCUCUCAAUUUUUGUCACUAUUUUUACUCAAAAAUUAUAAAUGAAGGAAGCUUUGACUUUGAUAUGUUUUACACACAUGCAUGUUUUCAAAGCCACAGUAAACAGGAAUUAUAAAACCCUAAGGCACAUUUAGUUUCACAACUCAGGUUUUUCUGCAAUGUGAUGAAAAUGUUGAUGCUAUGCAUGAAUGUAAAAUGUUUUUCAUAGAAUUGUAUAUCGCCAGACAGAAUUAUUGUACAUUAAAAUAAACAAUAUUAAAGUGAA